ACUGUCACACUGUCACUUGACUUGGCAGUUGCCAAAAAAUACUAACUAGGACCGCUGACGUUCUAUCAAGUUGUCAAUGAGAGCCUAUUGCCUGCUCUGCUGUACUGAGUGUACUCAGUUCGGACUACUUUCCAGAAAAUGAGUGAACUGCUGACUUUCUUUCAACACCCUGGUCUCACCACCCAGCAACUUCAGGGUCUGACUGAAAAAAUCAACUCUGUUCUUGGAGACAGUGGUCUCACCUACUCACUAGACACAGAAAUUUGUUACUAUAUAGAGGCUGACUCUGAGGAGUUAUCAGAUGAAGAGCGCUCAGUAUUAAAAUGGGUGUUAUCUACCCCUUUCCAGGAGGAAAAUUUGUCAACCGAGUCCAAGUUACAUGGUGGCCCAGAUUCCCUGUUCUUUGAAAUUGGACCCAGGCUGAACUUCUCUACAGCUUUCUCCACCAACUGUAUAUCAAUUAUUCACUCUUUUGGUUACACCGGCUUCAAGAGGAUAGAAGCCUCCACUCGCUAUCUACUGCGCUUUAAAAAUGGCUCUCUACCUGCCACAGAGGAGGAAGAAGCUAUUAUAAGUUGCCUCCAUGAUAAGAUGACACAGUGCAGGUACAUGACCCCACUGACCACAUUCAAAAUUCAGGUGAAGCCUGACCCAGUGUUUGAAGUUGAUGUGUUGGGUCAAGGUAGAAAAGCUCUUGAGGAAGCAAACAAAACACUUGGCCUGGCAUUUGAUGACUGGGACUUGGACUACUACACCAAACUUUUUCAAGAGAAAGUCAAACGAAACCCAACAAGUGUUGAGUGCUUUGAUCUUGCACAGUCAAACAGUGAACACAGUCGCCACUGGUUUUUCAAAGGUCGCUUGGUUGUGGAUAAAGUAGAGUGGCCAGAAUCUCUUUUCUCUGCCAUUAUGGACACACAGUCCUGCAGCAACAACAACAAUGUCAUCAAGUUCAGUGACAACAGCAGUGCAAUCAAAGGUUUUCCAGUGAAAGCACUGGAAGCAGAAAAUGCAAGAGGCCCUGGGAAAGUCAGCGUAAAUGAGGAACAGUUGAGACACAUUAUCUUUACAGCAGAAACACACAACUUUCCUACUGGUGUGGCCCCAUUUCCUGGAGCCACAACUGGCACAGGUGGGAGAAUCCGUGACGUCCAGGCAACAGGUCGUGGUGCCCAUGUCAUAGCUGGGACAGCUGGGUACAGCUUUGGUAAUCUGAAUAUUAAAGGCUAUAACCUGCCCUGGGAAGAUGACGAGGACAAAUACCCACCCAACUUCGCUCUGCCUGCUGACAUCGCCGUGGAGGCAAGCAAUGGGGCAUCAGACUACGGCAACAAGUUUGGUGAGCCUGUCCUGGCUGGGUUUGCGAGGUCCUGCGGUCUGAUCACCCCUGAUGGGGAGAGAAGGGAAUACAUCAAGCCCAUCAUGUUCAGUGGCGGCAUUGGCAUGAUGGAUGCUGGUCACGUGAAGAAGGAUGGACCAGAGAAAGGGAUGGAGGUUGUGAAGGUCGGAGGCCCUGUCUACAGGAUUGGUCUGGGUGGGGGCGCCGCGUCCUCCGUGCAAGUCCAGGGGGACAACAAGGCGGAGCUGGACUUCAGUGCCGUCCAGCGAGGUGAUGCGGAGAUGGAGCAGAAGAUGAACAGAGUGAUCCGCGCCUGCGUGGAGAUGGGGGGUUCGAACCCCAUCAGAAGUAUUCAUGAUCAGGGAGCAGGAGGAAAUGGAAAUGUAUUAAAAGAGCUUGUCGAGCCAGCCGGCGCCGUCAUCAGGGCCAAGGACUUCCAGCUGGGUGACCCCACCAUCAGUGUGAUGGAACUGUGGGGGGCGGAGUACCAGGAGAGCAACGCCCUCCUUGUUCAGCCUGCUGAUCUUCCUUUGAUGAAGGCUAUUGGUGAGAGGGAGAGGUGCCCUGUGUCCAAUGUUGGGACAGUCACUGGCUCAGGCAAGAUUGAACUUGAAGAUUUUAAUAAAGAGGGUGGUGAUACAGGCAGGAAGCCAGUAGAUUUAGAACUAGAAUUUAUUCUUGGCUCCAUGCCUCGUAAGGUGUUUGAUAUGAAGAGAUGUAAAGUGAACCUACAGCCCUUAGUUCUGCCAGAAUCUCUGACAGUGCAGGAAGCCCUCAGCCGCGUGUUGCGUCUUCCAUCAGUUGCCAGCAAACGUUACCUAACAAAUAAAGUUGACAGGUCAGUGACAGGUCUGGUUGCCCAGCAACAGUGUGUCGGGCCCCUGCACACACCUCUGGCUGAUGUGGCUGUGGUUGCCUUGUCCCAUUUUGAUACUGUCGGUGCUGCGACAUCCAUAGGAGAACAGCCAAUCAAAGGCUUGCUGGACCCAGCGGCUGGUGCCAGGUUGUCUGUGGCGGAGGCUCUAACCAACCUGAUGUUCAGCUACAUCACAGACAUCAAGGAUGUCAAGUGUAGUGGCAACUGGAUGUGGCCAGCCAAGCUUGAAGGGGAGGGCGUGGCUCUGUUGGAUGCCUGUGUGGCCAUGUGUAGCUUCAUGAGGGAGGUGGGCGUGGCUGUAGAUGGGGGUAAAGAUUCCCUCAGCAUGGCGGCCAGGGUGGGGGAGAAGGUGGUCAAGGCACCAGGAACUCUGGUUAUAUCAACGUAUGUUGGUUGUCCUGACGUAACACUGACUGUCACUCCUGAUCUCAAAUGUCCAGAUGGUGAAGGUGUGUUGGUGUACCUCCCUAUUGGGGGAAUGUCCAACUGGAGGUUGGGUGGUAGUGCAUUGGCCCAGUGUUUCAAGCAGCUGGGGGAUCAAGUCCCAGAUGUGAAGGCAGCCGAUCUGGUCAAAACUUUCAAGGCAGUGCAGGUUUUAGUCAAAGAUAAAAAGUUGACAGCAGGUCAUGACGUCAGUGACGGUGGUCUGUUGACGUGUCUGCUGGAGAUGGCAUUUGCUGGCAACUGUGGUCUGGUGGUGGAUGUUCCUGUCACCCAAAGUCAAGGUGCUGUUCACAAUGUUUUGUUUGCUGAAGAAGUUGGGGCUGUGGUGGAGGUGUCUAAAGACAACUUGUCCCAUGUGUCCUCUACCCUUGAGCAGAGUGAUGUCCCUUUUGUAAUCUUGGGGAAAUCCCAGGGUCAUGAGACUGGCAAAAAUGCCCAGGUGAUUGUGUCUGUCAACGGCUCCAUCGUGCUAGAGUCCAGCAUGUGUGAGCUGCGAGACAUGUGGGAGGAGACGAGCUUCGUGCUGGAGAAGAGACAGUCCAACCCCGCCUGCGUCAGUCAGGAGCAGGCAGGGCUCCGACAUCGUCAGGAGCCCAAGUACCACAUCAGUUUUGACCUCGGCACUUUGCUGUCUGUUGACCGGCCUUUGGCUGGCCAGCCCAAGGUUGCCAUAGUGAGAGAAGAAGGCAGCAAUGGGGACAGGGAAAUGGCUGCAGCUUUUACUCUGGCUGGGUUUGAAGCCUGGGAUGUCAACAUGGAGGACUUGAUCAGGCAGAAAGUUUCUCUAGCGUCCUUCAGGGGCGUGGCUUUUGUGGGAGGGUUCAGCUAUGCUGAUGUGUGUGGGUCUGCUAAAGGUUGGGCUGCCACUGCCCGCUUCAACAAAACUGUCAGCUCAGAGUUGUCUGCGUUCUACUCCCGUCCAGACACGUUUAGCCUGGGUGUCUGCAAUGGCUGCCAGUUGAUGGCCCUCCUCGGCUGGGUGGCCCCUGAUGAAACAGCCAAGGAACAAUGUACCCAGGGAUUGCUACUGGACCAUAAUAAAUCUGGACGCUAUGAGUCACGGUUCACAUCUGUCAAGGUGGAGAAGUCUCCCGCCAUCAUGUUAGGAGGAAUGGAGGGGACUGUAUGGGGCAUGUGGGUCUCCCACGGAGAAGGCCGAAUGCUUUUCAAAACGCCAGAGAUUCAGUCGAAGAUAGAACAGAAUGGAUUGGCUCCUGUCCGAUUUGUGGAUGAUGAGGGGUCGCACACUGAAGUUUAUCCGCUAAAUCCAAACGGAUCUCCCAAUGGAAUAGCUGCUGUGUGCUCCGAGGAUGGGCGGCACUUGGCCAUCAUGCCCCACCCCGAGCGAUGUGUUUGGGCGUGGCAGUGCCCGUGGAUGCCCUACCCCCUGAGAGACACCGUAAAAUUUUCACCUUGGAUUAGAAUGUUUGAAAAUGCCUACAAAUGGUGUCAAGAGUGAUCUGCCCCUGAAUAUGCCACUGAAAUGUGUUCUUGUCAGAUCUCCAAAAAAGUUUUUUUUAAAUUUCUCAAUUUAUUACUGAAUUAUUUUUUUACACUGCAUUUAAACUAUUGAUGUAUUUUGACUUUAUAUUUUUUACUUUCAAACUUUUAAAAAGUAAAAAGCUUUAAAAGAUUAGUAUACAUUUAAUUGAUAUUAACAGUUUUGAUUAUUGAAGUUUAUUUUUACCAUUUCAUACAAAUGUACUUUUAUCUUUCACAAUGCUCACAACACUUCAUUAAAAUAAUUAAUCAAUCUUUUAGAGCAAAAUUCAUUUACCAAAUUUUUAUUCUCAUCCAUGUUUCAAUAACAAUUUAUCUUUAGAGUGAUGUAAAAAGGUUGAUCUAAUGUUUUCUAUAAAAGUUGUUCAGAACAUUCACACAUGACUUUGUCAUAUCCAUUGGAUCGAUUACGGGUUGAUGUUUCUUGUUGGUGUUUUGCGAUGUUGUUCAUGUAUACGUUAUUGAGAGAGCCUCUAUACUUAUUUAGUGUAACGGGCGAUCUUUAGGCUAUGCUGGCUUUAGAAUUUGUGUUUUGUUCAUAAAUGAACUCAAUGUUAAAUACCUACCUAUUGUGGUAGACUUAAUCUCUAAGUAAUUUUGCUAAAUUUUUAUAAUAGUUCCCAUCAUUUUGUUUCUUGUGGAAUAUGUUUAUCGUAUGAAGAGAAUUUACAAAACUUGUAUUAGCGAGUGAAAGUUUAAGAACCAUUUGAUUUGUUGCUGUAUGAUUGUUGAAACUGGCAGUAUUAAAAAAUAAAUAUACGGCUGCUGAUAUUGUCAGUGUUGGACUGGGGCUUUUUCAUUAAACAAAAUAAAGCUAUUUUUGUCUUUUAU